GGAGCCUGGCCGGGUGAGCGCCGCGGGAGCCUGGCCGGGCGGACAGAUCCCUUGGCCCACUCGGCUCAGGAGAGGAUGAAGGCCAACACCGCAGCCUCCUCCCCGGAGGCCUGCAGAGCUGCAGGCCAGGCCCCGCAGCUAAAGACUCAGGCCACACACAUGCAGGCCCCUCGGCAGAAGGUUCUGGUGACCGGAGGAGGAGGCUACCUGGGCUUUAGCCUGGGUUCCAGCCUGGCCAAGAGUGGCAGUUCCGUCCUACUGCUCGACCUCCGCAGACCGCAGUGGGAGCUGUCCCCGGGGACCGAGUUCAUCCAGGCAGAUGUCCGCGAUGAAGAAGCCCUGUACCGUGCCUUCGAAGGGGUGGACUGUGUCUUCCAUGUGGCCUCCUAUGGAAUGUCCGGUGCUGAGAAGCUGCAAAAAGAGCAGAUUGAGUCUAUAAAUGUUGGAGGCACCAAACUGGUGAUCAGUGUUUGUGUCCGUCGGCGGGUCCCAAGGCUCAUCUACACCAGCACCGUCAACGUCGUUUUCGGCGGGAAGCCCAUAGAACAGGGUGAUGAGGACUCUGUGCCAUAUUUCCCCCUGGAGAAGCACACGGAUCACUACUCGCGAACCAAAGCCAUUGCCGACCAGUUGACCCUCAUGGCCAACGGAACUCCUCUCCCAGGAGGAGGCACUUUGCGGACGUGUGUGCUCCGGCCCCCAGGGAUCUAUGGGCCUGAAGAACAGAGGCACCUGCCCCGCGUGGCGAGCCACAUCAAGAAGAGGCUAUUCAUGUUCCGAUUCGGGGACUGCAGGACGCGGAUGAACUGGGUGCACGUGCGCAAUCUGGUGCAGGCCCACGUGCUGGCAGCCGAGGCCCUCACUGCGGCCAAGGGCUACGUGGCUAGUGGCCAGGCAUAUUACAUCAAUGAUGGGGAGAGCGUCAACCUCUUCGAGUGGAUGGCCCCCCUGUUUGAGAAGCUGGGGUACAGCAAGCCCUGGAUCCAGGUGCCUACUUCCUGGGUUUACCUAUCAGCUUCAGUGAUGGAGUAUUUGCACCUGGCCCUGAGGCCCAUCUGUAGCGUCCCGCCGCUGCUGACCCGGAGUGAGGUGCACAGCGUGGCCGUGACGCACACCUUCCAGAUCGCCAAGGCCCGCGCCCAGCUUGGCUACGCGCCAGACAAAUUCCGCUUCACGGACGUCGUGGAACAGUAUGUGCGGUCCACGAGCCAGCGGCCCUGCGGCUGUACGGCGCCGACGCUCCUACGGCUGCUGCUCGGGCUGCCGCUGCUGCUCGGGCUGCUCGCCCUGGCCCUGCACCUGCUAGGCCUUCCGCGGUCCUUCGUCUGAUCUUCGUCACUUGGCCGGAGUCCGCUACUGCCUACGCUCCAUCCUCGGGGCUUGGACCCGCCCCGGCCCCGCCUCCGGGUUUUCUCCGCCCAUUUCCCCGCCUACAUCCCCCGCCCUUUAGGCUUGGACCCGCCUCGGGUCUUGACUCCGCCCUGUCCUCCCCUCCGUGCUUGGACACGCCUCUGCUCCGCCUCUUGGGCCCUGGCCCCGCCUUCUGAGUCUGGGCCUGGCCGGGUUACUGAGCAGGCAGCCGCACAGCUUCAUCCGUUUUCCGGGCCUUCACCCACCCUUCUCUGCCUCGAAUUCUUCUCUGUUCUGGUUUUGCCCUCUUUCUGGCCCUACCGGUAUGAUUGCGCCCUCCCCUUCGUUUCUCUUUCGGACUGGCCCUGCCCCUCCCUCUGGAUCUUGUCCCUCCACUCUCCUAAUUGUCAUUCGGCAAUAGCCCUGCCCUCCUCCUCUCCGACUCCCCCGCCCCUCUCCGGCCACGCCUCCUAAGGUUAGUUCCUGGGGCCUGGCCAGAGUCGUCUCCAGCAGGCAAGUACAGGCCUGGCUAGCAUUUGCAGAUUUCCCAGUCUAAUGCUGCCUGUCUAGGGACACCGGACCCUCCUUGCCGUUCAGGCUCCUCUGUGCUUGUCCUGAGAUCGUCUUGAAGAGACUCAUUCCAGGAGAGUUGCUUUUGAUCUGUUGCUACCUUAAUGUUUUGGGUUCACUCAGUCAUGCAUUAUCUCCCUCUGUGUUGGUAGUCAGGGUUGGAGGGACCCCUGAGACCUAGACUUCUGCCUGGCUGCCCGUAGCCUUUUUGGAUUUCCGGUUUACUAGCCUGGGGCUGACUUAGCUUAUUAAGCACAGGCUUCUGUACCAGCAAGGAUCUAAACCAAAACAAAACUUUUUAAGGUGGUCAAAAGGUAUAAACUUCCAGUUACAAAAUAAAUAAGUCGCGGUGAUGUAAUGGUGAGUAUGGUUAAUAAUACUCUAUUAUACAUGUGAAAGUCGCUAAGAGAAUAGAUCUUAAAAAUUCUCUUUACAAGAAAAAAUUGUAACUGUAUGUCUUGAUGGGUGUUAACCAGACUUGGUCAUUUCACAAAUUAUGUUGUACAUCUGAAAUUAAUAUGUGUAAAUUAUAUCUCAAAUAGCUUUUUAAAGGACUGGACCUUUUGGAAAAGUACCAAUAUAAUUAUAAU